AUGUCAAAAGAGCAGCCUAUCAAUAUUGCUGGCACCCAAAUACCAGUGACAGCCGUACAUGGUGAUAUUGACAUUCCGGCGGUACUUCGCUUCCCACCUUUUGUAGAUUGGGUCAAUGCUUUGUCAAAAGAAACACAUGACGAUUUGGAAAAAGAAUUAGAAGUUAAGAAAGUUGAAAUUCAAAAUGUGGAUUACUUUGGGCCAAAGCUUGGGUUUAUAAAAUUCAAAAUUGAUGCACGAUUAAAGGAAAACGGAAAGAAUAUUCCAGGAAUAGUUUUUAUGCGAGGUGGCUCUGUAGCGGUAUUAUUGAUUCUUCGGUCCAAGGAGAAUGACGGUAGUAUCGUAUCAGAACACGUGGUUCUUACAGUCCAACCACGUAUAGCUGUUCCGUCAUUUGGAUUCCCGGAGCUACCAGCAGGAAUGUUGGAUGGAUCUGGAAAUUUUGCUGGAAAGGCAAGCGAGGAAAUAAAGGAAGAAACUGGGCUAGAAAUUAAGGAUCAUGAACUUAUAGACAUGACCGGAUUAUCUUUUGGUGAAAAGUAUCGUGGCGCAUAUCCUUCACCUGGAGGAUGUGAUGAAUUCAUGAGGUUAUGUCUAUGCAUAAAGGAAAUGCGACGCGAACAAGUGCAGGAAUUGGAGGGAAGAUUGUGCGGCUUAAGAGAACAUGGCGAGAGUAUUACUGUUAAGCUUGUAAAACUGAAUGAUUUAUGGAAGAUACCCGAUAUGAAAGCAUUGUCGGCUUUAACCCUAUAUAAUGAAUUGCGUAGGGAAGUGUCGGUCUUUUUUAUGAAUACGUCUCAUUCUGUCACCAACGGAAACCAUUCUUCCGAAAAAAAUGGAGUACACUACUUUAAUGGGAGUGGUGUAGCAUCAAAUGGCAAUGACAAUGAUAUUAAAAUCAAUUCGAAUGGAAGAAACGGUUCAAAUAACGACUCGCAUGUUUAUCAUAUGCCAGAUUCUUAUGUUAAUGGAGCUUCACCGGUUACUCCGUCUAAUGGAGUAUUUGACCACUCAAAACAGGACCCCGAGACAGUUAUCGAAAUAAGUCCUAAUGGCAGAUAUGCUAAACUGAACACGGUUUUGGGAAAAGGAGCUUACAAGGUCGUCUGGAAAGCCAUUGAUCGUGAUGAAGGUUAUGAAGUUGCGUGGAAUUGCUUUCAGACUACACGAGCUGAAUAUAUUGAAUUAAAUCAAGAAAUCGAAAUUUUAAGACAAGUUCGGCAUCCGAAUAUUAUCAAUUUUCAUUACUGUUGGUAUAAAGAUGCUGAAUUCAUUUUUGUCACAGAAUUGAUGACAUCUGGGACUUUGCGGGAAUAUAUUCGUAAACUCUCGCUACCGAAUCCCAAAAUCGUGAAACGAUGGUCUCGACAGAUACUCAAAGGUCUAAUAUAUCUUCACUCACACGAUCCGCCAAUCAUCCACCGUGAUAUCAAAUGCGAUAACAUAUUCAUUAAUGGGGCACAUGGCGAAGUGAAAAUCGGCGACAUGGGAACCGCCAAAAUGAAACUUGGAAAGAAGUAUACCGUCAUCGGAACGCCUGAGUUUAUGGCUCCCGAAAUGUACGAAGAACGAGGGUAUAACGAAAAAGUGGAUAUUUAUGCUUUCGGGAUGUGUCUUUUAGAAAUGGUCACUGGCGAAUAUCCUUAUAGCGAAUGUAAGAAUGCCGCUCAAAUAUAUAAAAAAGUCAUUCAAGGUACAAGACCGGAAAGUCUAGCAAAAGUUCAAGACGAAGAAAUUCUAGACUUGAUAAAUAAUUGUUUGAGUCCUGAAAAUGAAAGAUAUACCGCUGAACAAAUAGUGGUCCAUCCUUUCCUCACAGUGGAACCUGAGGUAGUGUUAAUAGCAGCGGAUGAGAGAAGAACUCAUCUGAAACUGCAAGUAGUCUUUAAAGGGAUGGAUAAUUUGUCGGUUAAAUUUGAUUUUAAAGUGGAAAAAGAUACUGCAGAGGAAGUAGUUAAAGAGAUGAUUGACGAAAGUGUUCUGCCUCAAAAAUACCAACAAUUUAUUACGCAUGAGAUCAAUCGAAUUUUGCGUGAUUUGAAUAAAGCAUCGAAAGAUGAUGAUUCGAAUGACGAAAUUCGACAUUGGAAUUCCCUGCCAGGAACACCGCCUUUUCCCGGUGGCAUUUCCCCCCAUUUGCCUCCACACAAUUCACCAGGAUCUUUUGCACUACCCUUAACACUUGAUCGUGAUAAUAGUCCAAACUCCACAAGUUCUGGGCCAGUAACAUCAGAUUCAUUACGCAGAACACAAGAAUGGCAAGCAGAGGAAUUAGAAGAUAUAUUACCGUUAAAAGAUUAUCCGAAUGAAACUCCAAUAGAAGAUUUCGUUCACGAAACAGCGGUUGCUACUAAUCGUGAUCCUGAAAAGGCCAAAGAAUGGACAACAAAACUAAAGCAUCAAGAUAUUAUGACAAUUGGUGAUCUACGUGAUCUAUUAGAGGAAGAUUGGGCCGGAAUUGGUCUGACGGUAUUUGCAUCACGUGCUCUAAAAAAUGCAUUGUAUGGCAAAUCAUUGCGAAGUCCAGGUUUAUAUCCACGGUCAAUGGGAUCUUCAAGUGCCAACAUUAGCGGUGGCGAAGAAGGAUUAUAG